UUCCAUGAAUGAUGUGAUAGACAGGAAAACUGAGAAACUUCAUGAUUAGUGUUGUCUCUUUAUUACAAGCCGUGUCUCAUUGGGGUCUUACAGGGGGGUGCACAGAAAAUCCUGGAGCCAGAAAAGAGGACAGCAUCUCUGAUUAACCUCACUGCAAAGAUGUUGUAUCUGGAAAACAAUGCUCAGGCUCAGUAUAGUGAGCCGCAAUAUACUAACUUGGGGCUCCUGAAUAGUAUGGAACAGCAGAUCCAGAAUGGUUCCUCUUCAACAAGUCCUUAUGCCAAUGACCAUGCUCAAAACAGUGUCACCGCACCAUCACCAUAUGCCCAGCCAAGCUCUACCUUUGAUGCUCUUUCCCCUUCUCCAGCCAUCCCAUCUAACACCGAUUAUCCUGGACCUCACAGCUUUGACGUAUCAUUUCAGCAGUCCAGCACAGCAAAGUCAGCCACCUGGACGUAUUCCACAGAUCUAAAGAAGCUCUACUGUCAGAUUGCCAAAACAUGCCCAAUCCAAAUCAAAGUAAUGACGCCUCCACCACAAGGAGCUGUAGUUCGAGCCAUGCCUGUAUACAAGAAAGCAGAACAUGUCACAGAGGUUGUGAAGCGUUGUCCGAAUCAUGAGCUGAGCCGAGAAUUUAAUGAGGGACAAAUUGCUCCCCCAAGUCAUCUGAUCAGAGUGGAGGGAAAUAACCAUGCCCAAUAUGUGGAAGAUCCAAUUACUGGAAGACAAAGUGUUCUGGUACCAUAUGAACCCCCACAGGUGGGUACGGAAUUCACAACAGUCUUAUACAACUUUAUGUGCAACAGCAGCUGUGUUGGAGGGAUGAAUCGGAGACCUAUACUCAUCAUAGUUACACUUGAAACAAGAGAUGGUCAGGUGCUGGGUCGGAGGUGUUUUGAGGCUCGUAUAUGCGCUUGCCCAGGCAGAGACCGCAAGGCAGAUGAGGAUAGCAUCAGAAAACAGCAAGUUUCAGAUGGUACAAAGAACGGAGAAGCUUUUCGACAAAGUACGCAUGGCAUUCAGGUGACUUCAAUUAAAAAACGUCGAUCUCCAGAUGAUGAAGUUCUGUACUUGCCAGUAAAAGGCAGAGAAAUUUAUGAAAUGUUGCUAAAGAUCAAAGAAUCAUUGGAGCUCAUGCAAUUCAUUCCCCAACACACAAUUGAGAGCUACAGGCAGCAGCAACAGCAUUUGAUAUCGAAGCAGGACAGAAGCCUACAGAGCAACAUGAAUGGCCCACGAAACACAGGGAGGAGUGACACUUUCUCCAUACAACAUUGGCAAAAAAGAAUGCAGAACAGCCCAAACUACAUGGAACAAACUUUAAAGCAUUCUCCAAUAGAUCAAGAUCUCAGAGAUGAAACUUACCUAAAUGAACGAUCUUCAUUGCCAGUGCAGUCUUCCUUUGGGUCUGUGUCCCCACCUCUCGGCAAGAUGAACAGCAUGAACAAGCUGCCCUCCGUCAGUCAGCUAAUGAAUCCACAGCAGAGGAAUUCGCUCACCCCAAAUGCCAUGUCUGAUGGAAUGGGUGCAAAUAUUCCAAUGAUGAGCACCCACAUGCCAAUGACCAAUGAUCUUAAUGGACUCAGCCCCUCUCAAACACUGCCUCCAACAUUAUCCUUGCCAUCCACAUCACAUUGCACUCCUCCUCCUCCAUACCCCUCUGACUGCAGCAUUGCCAGUUUUUUAGCGAGAUUGGGAUGUUCAUCUUGUCUGGAUUACUUCACUACCCAGGGCCUGAACACCAUUUAUCAGAUUGAAAAUUACUCCAUUGAGGACUUAGCAUCCCUGAAGAUCCCAGAUCAGUUUCGGCAUGCAAUCUGGAAAGGUCUCAUGGAGCACCGGCAGAUCCAUGACUUUACGUCCCCUUCUCACUUGCUUCGCAGCACUAGCAGUGCGUCCACAGUAAGCGUAGGCUCCAAUGAGCCCCGCGGGGAAAGAGUCAUUGAUGCUGUACGAUUCACAUUAAGGCAAACCAUCUCGUUCCCCCCAAGAGAUGACUGGAAUGACUUCAAUUUCGACUUGGACACCCGCAGAAAUAAGCAUCAACGUAUUAAGGAAGAGGGUGAAUGAACAUCUCAUGUCUCUCUCUCUCUCUCUUUAUAUAUAUAUAUAUAUUAACUAAAUGCAUAAAGUAGGUGACCUUCACUGAAGUAGAUUGAGGUGACCCACUAUUAUAUGAUGAAUAGACCAUAGUACUAAAUGAGAAUGCAAUUGCUUGGUAUUUUGGCUAUUCUCUAAGCUACUCUCCAUUCAGUUUGUUUGAGCCAAAUCCAAAAGAACUAUUUCUGUACAGGUGUGCCCAUUAAAACAGCCCAGAACUGAGUAGUCAAUACAUUACAGCAGGAUUGUCCUUUGCAGUGGGUAGCUUGAAUAAAAUACAGAGAAUAUUUGUGUAGGUGCAUAUCCGAGAGCACUUGAAUUUUGUAUGUUUAUGGUUUUAAUGAGUGAUAAGUGCCCUACAACCCAGAAAGCACUUUAACAGUCCUACAAAGACGUCUUUUCAAGUGUUUCUCACCUGCCUUCCUGCCAUUAGUCAGAUGUGAUACCUUUUCAUUUUACAACUGCACAGGAAGUAAUUUCUGUAUUGAGAAAAACCACAAAUGGGAUGUAUUAACCCGCUGGAGUAUAGUCUACUGACACAUUUCAUCAUUGGCGCUGUCUCUGCUGGAAAGUCCAUGGCUUAGCAGUGCCCACAUUGUGGGGCUUCCUAAGGAGCAUAGCUUGUAGAACUAUUUGGGUAACAUUUGGGGAAAUGCUUGUUAUCUUUGCUAGAUUCUCUUUGAAUCCCCAUAUAGAGGAGUUAGUGAGGAUACCACAAUAUUGUAAUAUGUCUGUAAACUUGCUACUAGCCAACGGGAGCCCUGACCAAUUGUUGGUCAACAAAGAGGGUCUUAAACCCAAAGAGCUUGAAUUUCAGAUACAUAUAGGGCAGCAGGGGUAGAAUGGCAAAUUUCAACUUAAUGCCCCACUUGCUGGUUCGAGGCCGUUUACCCCUGCACUAGGCACAGAUAAUAAAAUUUAUGGAUAGCUAUUUAGCCAAGCAUGUCUAUAGGAUGCUCUCAUAUGUUUCAGUAACUUCAUUUUACUUCAUUCUCUUUGAGACCCUUACUGUGACUGCUAGUGGAAAGUGGCACAUUGUACAGAUCCUUCUGUUUAAAUGCUAAAUAGCAAAAUGUAACUGCCUAUUGUAGCCGCUUGAAGUUCUUUUUCAUUAUGAUUAAGUUUGUCAUUUUAGAAAGCCAAAUCUUGUUUAUUUACACAAUGACUACACUGCCAACCACUUCAAAGGGAAUCCCUCAGUUCUAUACUUCUACAAAUUGUACAGUGUAUAAAUAUAUAAAUAUAUAUUAUAUGUAUAAUUAUGAUUCUGAUAUAUUGUUUUGGAUUUAUUUUGAAUUAAAAACAUUUUUUUUGGGGGGGGGAUAGCAGGUUAUCCAAUAUCAAAAAACAAAUAUGCAAUGUAAAUGCUAGGUGGCAAAGCAGUAAAACUGAUUCCAUAUGUCCUAGAUUUCAAAAAUCUCACUGCCUGUAAAAGCUAAAUUGUUUGUGUCCCUUGCAGGUCUAUUCAUAGGAGAAUUGUAUGUAAAUCAUCACUGCCGUAUCAAGGGAUAUCUACUUUAUUUCAUGCAUGGCCCAUCAGGGGGGGUUUAUAUACAUCCCUCCAGCAGCCCUCUUGCUACAGCUGAAUUGCUCCUUGGAGGAAUGCUGGAAGUGGCAGUUGAGCAAUGGCUGGAGGGCUGAAGGUUGGAAAUCACAACUAAUGAUUAUUUAUCCUUAAUUUUUGGAUUUGGAUUUUGAAUAUUGAAUCCCCCAAUAUGCAGCCUAAUACCAAACCUAAUCUGAACGCUCUUCAAAUUUGAAAAACAUUUACAAGUUGCAUAACUUGUGAACACAAAUUGUAUUGGUCAUUUUUCAUGACUUUAAGGGUUUGGAUUUUAAUUCAGAUACACAUGUAGGAGUUGGACAAAGCCAAAUCCAUCAAAAGUGUUGGGAUUUAGACAAACCCUGCAUUCCUCAUUUUUAUUUGUAUUUUUAGCAUUGCUGACGCCAAGUGUUCUUUUUGCCCUAAACUGUAUUUAAACCAACCCUUGCUGGUCUGCAGUGAAAUGUCUCUUAAGACUGUACUUGUAUUUCAUUCAUUAUGUAUAAGCUGUCUAUAUGCUGUGAAAUAUAGACUUUCUGUUCUAUUAAUCAUGCUUUUCCUGCAUACUGAUUUUAAUUUUCUACGAAAAACUGGAAAUAUAAAAACAAUCCGCACUGGCAGCAACCAGAGGUAAUUAACUAUUUGUAAUGUACAUAUUUGUUUUGUAUGUUGUCAGGAAAUACAAUUUAUUCCAGAAAAAUAAAAUAAAUAUAAAGAA